GGAAGUUCGUCACGGCGCAGUUGCCUCUGCACAGCGGAUGUGUGUCGCCGCUCAAGUGACGCUGGGAAGCGCUUGCAGCCUUCGCCGCUGCCUUCUGGUUGGAGCACUAUGGAGGAAGAGAGAAAGAACAACAAACGGUGGUAUUUUACUCGAGAACAGCUGGAAAAUAGCCCAUCCCGUCGCUUUGGGCUGGACCCAGAUAAAGAACUUUCUUAUCGUCAGCAGGCGGCCAAUCUGCUCCAGGACAUGGGGCAACGUCUUUAUGUCUCACAAUUGACGAUCAACACUGCUAUAGUAUACAUGCAUCGAUUCUACAUGAUUCAGUCCUUCACACAGUUCCAUCGAUACACUGUGGCUCCAGCGGCCUUAUUUCUAGCAGCUAAAGUAGAGGAGCAGCCAAAAAAAUUGGAACACGUCAUCAAGGUAGCACAUGCUUGUCUCCAUCCACAGGAGUCACUUCCUGAUACCAGGAGUGAGGCUUACCUGCAACAAGUUCAAGAUCUGGUGAUAUUAGAAAGCAUAAUUCUGCAGACUUUAGGCUUUGAACUAACAAUUGAUCACCCACAUACACAUGUGGUAAAGUGCACUCAACUUGUUCGAGCAAGCAAGGACUUAGCACAGACUUCUUACUUCAUGGCAACCAACAGCCUGCAUUUGACCACAUUUAGCCUGCAGUACACACCUCCUGUAGUGGCCUGUGUCUGCAUUCAUCUGGCUUGCAAGUGGUCCAACUGGGAGAUCCCAGUCUCAACUGAUGGGAAGCACUGGUGGGAGUAUGUUGACGCCACUGUGACCUUGGAACUUUUAGAUGAACUGACACAUGAAUUUCUACAGAUUCUGGAGAAAACCCCCAACAGGCUCAAACGAAUUCGGAAUUGGAGGGCAUGCCCAGCUGCCACGAAAACAAAAGCAGCAGACCGAGGAGCAGAGGCAAACACUUCAGAGCAGACAAUCCUCAAUAUGAUUUCCCAAAGCUCUUCAGACACAACUAUUGCAGGUUUAAUGAGCAUGUCAACUUCUACCACAAGUUCAGUGCCUUCCCUUCCAACCACUGAAGAGUCAUCCAGCAACAUAAGCAGUGUGGAUAUAUUGCAGGGCGAGCGUUGGCUGUCCUCCCAACCUUCUUUUAAACUAGAACCUGCUCAGGGUCAUCGGACUAGUGAGAAUGUAGCACUUAUAGGAGCUGAUCAUUCCUUGCAACAGGAUAGUUCAAAUGCAUUUAUUUCCCAGAAGCAGAACAGUAAGAGUGUGCCAUCAGCUAAAGUAUCACUGAAAGAAUACCGUGCAAAGCAUGCAGAAGAGUUAGCUGCCCAGAAGAGGCAACUGGAGAACAUGGAGGCCAAUGUGAAGUCACAGUAUGCAUAUGCUGCUCAAAAUCUCCUGUCUCAACAUGAUAGCCAUUCUUCAGUCAUUCUGAAAAUGCCCAUAGAGGGCUCAGAAAAUCCUGAGCGGCCUUUUUUGGAAAAGGCUGACAAAACAGCUCUCAAAAUGAGAAUUCCAGUGGCAAGUGGAGAUAAAGCUGCCUCUUCGAAACCAGAGGAGAUAAAAAUGCGCAUUAAAGUCCAUGCAGCAUCUGACAAGCACAAUUCUGUGGAUGAUAGUAUCACAAAAAGCCGAGAGCACAAAGAAAAGCACAAGACUCAUCCAUCUAAUCAUCAUCAUCAUCAUAAUCACCACUCACACAAGCACUCUCACUCACAGCUUCCAGCUGGUACUGGGAACAAACGGCCAGGUGAUCCUAAACAUAGUAGCCAGGCAAGCUCCUUAGCACACAAAGCCUAUAGCUUGUCUAGUUCUUUCUCCUCUUCCAGUUCUGCUCGUAAAAGGGGUCCCCCUGAAGAGAUUGGAGGGGCAGUGUUUGAUCAUCCAGCCAAGAUUGCCAAGAGUACUAAAUCCUCUUCCAUAAAUUUCUCCUUCCCUCCUCUUCCUGCAAUGGCCCAGUUGCCUGGGCAUAGCUCAGACACAAGCGGCCUUCAUUUUUCACAGCCUAGCUGUAAAACUCGAGUUCCUCAUAUGAAACUGGAUAAAGGCCCUGCUGGGGCCAAUGGUCACAACACAACCCAGACAAUAGACUAUCAAGAUACUGUGAAUAUGCUUCAUUCCCUUCUCAGUGCCCAGGGUGUUCAGCCCACUCCUCCCCCUGCAUUUGAAUUUGUUCAUUCUUAUGGUGAAUAUCUGAAUCCACGGGCUGGUGGAGUGUCCUCCAGAUCCGGCAAUACGGACAAGCCCCGACUACCACCUCUACCUUCAGAACCUCCUCCACCACUUCCACCCCUUCCUAAGUGAAAAAGAAAAGAGAAGAAAAACUUUAAAAAUGCAUUUUUUUGUUUUUGGGUUUUUUUAAAACUACUGAUUCUGAACUAAGAAAAUUACUUCCCUAAUGAAAUAUGUCUCCCUUCUUGGACUAGGGAAUAAACUAAUAUUGAGACAUAAGUGGGAGGAUGGUAGAGGGCCUUGGUUAUUAUAUCUGCUGCCUCAGAAAUGUAACUAUUUUAUAGUUUUUAUUGGUAUUAGAAAAGUGAGAAUAUGUUGAAGCUGUGAAAGAAAAAUAAUACUUUCUCUAUUCUUGGCCUCUCCACCUCUUAAUUAGGUUAAUUAGAGUUGAUAUCUUCCCUCUUCUUGCCAGGACUGAAAUAUGGAGGGUUUGUUAUAUCAAACAGUUGUGGAUCUUUUUGGUGUUUAAUAUGUCAGAAGAGAGGAAGUAUUUAAACGUCAAAAUCUUUUAAGAGACUUUAAAAAAAUAAUUUAAAGAAAGUAAGUUAUCUGUUUAGUUUUUCUUUUUUAUAUGUAUAAUUGGGAAGGGGAUAGGGAUUUUGCUGUGUGUAUGGAAUACAUAGCAAUGAAUCCUAGGGGUGGGAUUGGAGGGGGAGGGUGUGAAGGGGGGUGGGGAGGGUAGGCUUUUUUUGGCCAUGAGUUCUGAGAUAGACUUUGGCCACUUGAAGUGUUGAGAUCUGUAAGUGUGUAUGCAAGUGUGGGUAUGUAUGUUUUUAAGUGUGUGUGUUUAAAUAUCAUGUUUUCUAUUUUCCCUCCCUAUCCCUCACCAUUUUCACUUCCCAAUAGUCUACUAGAGAGAAUACGGUGUGGCCUUUAGAACAUAAAGGAAGAGGCAUGUAUUUGACAUGAUAUUUAACCCCUUUCUUUAUGUUGUCAUUGAGUGGUAGCCUUCUAAAUUCAAGUUUGGGCGAGUGCAGCCAAUGGCCUGAUUUUGGAUUCCAUUAUAAAAACUUCCUUUUAACCCCCUUUUCUUUUGAUUCAGAACAAAGAUGGGGUUGAGGAAGAAGGUUUGGAGAGCAAAGCUGGCUUCUGCUGUACAGAAUUGGGUGUGUCUUUUUUCAAGUUGGGCCUUUGGGAAAGUGUUUAAGUGAGAGCAGUCUCAGGGUCUCUGAUGGGAAGGGAUAUGUGCUAUACAUCCUGCCUGUGAAAGCCCAGACCAUGUUUGAGAAUAGUUCUGGGAAAAGCCAUGGAGCUAGAGGAUCCUGAAAACAGUGAAAUUGUGAUUUGGGAAUUGUUAGGACAUUGUAUUUUAAAUUAUAUUAUAAAUGUGAGACUUGCUUUUUUAUCUGUAUAGCUGAAGGGGAACCGCUGCAUCCUCAUUUUUUUGUAGCCUAUAUGUCUUCAGAAAUUGGAGCUUGUGAAUUAACAGUACUGGUGCCAUGAGAGUGAGCAAGCCUAGCCCACAUACACUGUUACGUGUAGAUUGUCAAUUCUUGGUGACUUUAGAUGCUAGGCAGAAGUUCUUCAGGCUUCUAAGAAUCCUUUAAAAAAUGGACCAGGUGUCUGUUCUUAUGGGUGCUUGAUUCUCCCAGAUUUUAGGAGUGAACAUUUUUGUUGAGGAAAGAAAUCUUUUAAGAGACUAGAAGAAUUCUAAUAAACCAAGUUGUCUAACUGAAAAUGCCACCCAGCUACAGAUCAUUUGAUGUGAUAUUCUUUGGUCUUCAUGGCAUUUUUAUUUUUAUUUUUUGCUGUGGAAAAAGGAUACAGUUUGAAUUUGUCAUGUUUUUAAUGGAGCUCUCUUCAUACCAAAUAUUCCUUAUGGACAAAUUGAAAUGUUUUUAUUGGAAGUCAUAGGGAGACAGGAGUUGUACAUGUGCUGCUGCUUGCCAGGAGCAGAUUGGGGAGAAUACUGAAGCAGUUGGAAUUGAUGGUGCACUGGCCUAAUAUAGGAAGGAAUUUAUUUGUACAGUAGACUUAACGGAAGGUGCAUUAGUAUCCAGCAUCUUGUCAUAUUUGAACUGUCUAGAGUGCCUGCCAUUGCUGUGUAAAAUGAGCUCUCUGCCAAUCUAUAAACUAGUAUUUUUUACAUGGAAUGUCACUUCACUUUUAUAGAUGACAUGUUCCUCUUUCUCCUUGAUACAGUGUGUUGUGCUAAUUGAUAGAUGUGUGGUGUCUGCUUUCCUUCCCAACCUUCCAAGAAGGUUAUUUAGUUUGCUUCUGUAUCUUUGUGGAAUUGAUCACUGAUUUAAUUAUGAAAAUGUCUUUUCCAGCUUUUGAUUUUUCUCAUCAAAUGUUGCAUAUUUUCUAAUCACAUGUACUCCUUUACCACAGGGACAUACAUAUCCGCUUGGCUUCAUUAGCAAUUCCCUAUGGCAAUCUACUUAGUUCCUUAGAACUUUGUCAGGAGUGAACUAGAAAUAAGUGCUUACUAGAGCCUAAGAGCUGCUUUACGCUAUGUAGUCUGGCCUAUGCACUACUAGAUCAUUGCUGGUAUAGAUCAGUUUAGAGACUUUUCUAUAUUAAUGCCUCCUGAUACUGUUUUAGGAUACCUACCAUGUCUGCUUUUAGAUCUGUGUAUAUGUCAUGAACCAGCUCAUGGGCUGUGCAUGAAGCUUUUGCAUUGUCUUUGGAUUAGCAGUGUGCCUGUCAAGUAGCAUGCAUAUUGUCCAGAUUCUCACAAACUUAGGUUUCAAAGGGUUGUGUGGUUUCUUCUCUCCCCUCACACUUUCAAAGGGUGAGCAAUGGGAUUUUUACAUCUAAAGUUAGUCCAGUAAACAUGGUUUCCCCCAACCCCCUUUUAACCUAAAUUAUCAAGGAUAAGUGGUGGUAAGCAGGCCUGGAGCCUCAAGUUCUGUAAAUCUCAUUCCUAAACUUUGAUUGAAUCUCAUGUUGGCAAAAACUAAUACCUGUGGAUUGUCCUUAAGGCUGUUAAUACCUGUGUUGCUCUUAGCUGAACUCUUAAUGAAGCAUUUAUCUAAAGCUAAAUUGGUCUUCUGAAGUAUCAGUUAUGCUUUUUGGGUUUAGAAAACACUUAGGAAUUAGUUUAGUCUUUUCACUCAUGAAUCAAUGUGUUUCCAUAUCUGAGACCCUCAGCUUGCUUCUUUUUCUUUUUUAAAAAUGAUUUUAGUGUUUUGAUUUAAUGCAUUCUUUUUUAUACUUCUGUAUUACUGGCUUCACCUGUGAAAAUAGAAAUAAAAUUUCCAGUUAGAAACAGCAUUGGAUUAGGAUACAGAAAUAAAAUCAUGGUAACUUUAGUGCUGAAUUUCCUUAAGCCUCUGCUAUCUAAUUCCCAUAUUGGAAAUGGCAUACCCCUCAUACCUUGCUUCUUGGACAAAGGCAACUAGAGGGGGAUCUUAUCCCAGUAUGGUUGGAUUUUAAACAUCUGUGUUCCCCACAGAAACGUGGGAACUGUGGGAACUUGGGAAAUUAUUACUUUUUUAAAAGGAUUAUUCUUUUGUUGAUGAAUUAUUUUGAUACUAAUGCUAGGAAAAGGGAGAUUCUAGAUCAUCUUGAAGUUAGAAUACAAAUACUAUUCUCUAGGGUUUGGGAGAAUUUAAGCAGUCUAUGCAACCCUUCACAUGUUGAGAAAUAAGCCUUCUGCAGUUCCAUUUAAACUUUCAGUGAUUUUGAUACCUCCCCAAAUUUCUCAUGUUGCUGCUUGUUAACACAGCUUUUAACUGAGUAUUUGCUCCUGAUGGUUUAAGAAAUGUUAUGUGGUAUCACCCUGUCAAGUUUUAUUUUAUCUUUUUAUACUUCUGGAUGUGAGUUUUAAACAAGCAUGGUACUGUAAUCCUGCCUGAUAGAAUGGUCUAGGAUGAUAAUUAUUUUUUAAUGGGAGACCUUUCCAUUUUAAUGUUUCUAAAGUAUUUAAUAUAAACUUGGCAUUGGAAAAGGGAGGGAAAGAAAAAGAAUGUUUACUAAAAAGUAGUAUCUACUCUCCCCCUUUAUGAGUGUGUGUAUUCAUGGUUGAAUGAAAAGAAGAAAAAGAUCUUGAGUUUUUUGUCAUGUUAAGUGUGGAGAGGGAUGCUUGACAGCAUGCUAAUUGAAGCCAGAGCAAAUAUGUAUUCAUCAGGUUAUCAGGAAGUCUUCAUUUGAAAGCUGAGGACCUAACUGAUUAGUGGUUAAUCACUUUGAAAUUGAUUACAAGAUGGAGAUGCUGGCUGGGUUAAGCACUCAAAGAAAAGAAUGCAGCAGCCUAAUUUAGUGUUAACUUAGGUUUCUGGAUUUAAACUGACCUUUUUCCCACCUGAACUCCACACACCUAAAAUUGUCCGUUUUCUUACCAGACCAAAGAGCAAAGAAGGAAAAAGAAAAGUAAAAUACUUUACCAAUCUAUGUCACUCAGGUACAAUUUUGUGGUGAUAUUUUUGUCUGUUUUCUUUGUAUUGCUCUUAAGAAUCCUUUCUCAGCAUAUUAUUCUGCUGUUGCCUCUUUCCUCCUUGGGGCAUCUCACUUCUGGAUGCUACCCCUGGUAUCUCUACUGUUGUUAUGUGAAUGAUAGGAUGUAAGUGACCAUUACAGUAAGGGCUCUUUGUAAAAAAAUUUAAAAAUUGUUUUUUAAAUUUAAAAAAAGGAUGUUGUAUACAUUUUAUAGUCUGGCUAUCAGUUUGAUAUAUUGCUGUCAAGUAUGUUUCUCAAUCUGUAUUUAUCCAUCCCAUCAAUAAAUGUUAAUUAUAAAACA